CCCCGCCCCGUCUCGGAACGCGCAGGGCGACGGCGGCCAGGGCGGGGGUGCGCGUGCGCCCUGGGCCCGGGCCCCCGAGGAGCCAGAGUCCUGGAGGCCCCCGCUCCCAGGAGUCAUGUCCCUGCGCCCCGGCCCCCGGGAGACAUAAUCCCUGCCCCCCGGCCGGGGCCCUAGGAACCGCGUCCACAAGUCCCGGGGGCCGGCGUGGCAGGCGCCGGGCUCACUCCGGGAGGGGGCGGGCGCCGCGAGCCCCUUCCCGCAGGGGCGCCUGUGCCGCCGCCCGGUGGACGGGGAGCCCGGGAGCCGCGGGGGACAGGAGCGCAGCGGACAGAGAAGCCUGGGCACCGCCGGUCCCUCUUGCUGUUUACGCUGCGGGCGCGCAGUGCCCCCUGCCCGCCCGCCCACUGCUCCCCCGCCCGCUCCAACAUGCCCUCAGUGCGCCUGCCGCCGCGCCCCGGGCGCUAGACCGCGCGGCCGCCAUGGGGAAUGGGAUGAACAAGAUCCUGCCUGGCCUGUAUAUCGGCAACUUCAAAGAUGCCAGAGAUGCAGAGCAAUUGAGCAAGAACAAGGUGACACACAUUCUCUCUGUGCACGACAGCGCCAGGCCAACAUUGGAGGGGGUUAAAUACCUGUGCAUUCCAGCAGCGGAUUCACCAUCUCAAAACCUGACAAGACAUUUCAAAGAAAGUAUUCAAUUCAUCCACGAGUGCCGCCUGCGAGGUGAGGGCUGCCUUGUUCACUGCCUGGCCGGCGUCUCCAGGAGUGUGACUCUCGUGGUCGCAUACAUCAUGACGGUCACCGACUUCGGCUGGGAAGAUGCCCUGCGCACUGUGCGUGCGGGGAGGUCCUGUGCAAACCCCAACCUGGGCUUCCAGAGGCAGCUGCAGGAGUUUGAGGAGCACCAGGUGCAUCAGUUCCGCCAGUGGCUGAAGGAGGAGUACGGAGAGAGCCCUUUGCGGGAUGCAGAAGAAGCCAGAGGCAUUCUGGCCACCCCAGGGAUUCUGAAGUACUGGGCCUCUCUCAGAAGACUGUAAUGUACCUGAAAUAGUGCAAAGCCAGAGUUUAGGUGCUGCCCAGAAGAAGAGCGACCAGAGUUCAUUUUUCAGUGUCCAGAAGUAACUUGUGAGCCCGCCUGUUUUCAUUUUAAACAAUACAUAUGCAGUUGUGUCACCGUACGUUGGGAACUACGCGUCCUCUUUGACAAGGGAAGGAUUUUUACCUGAUUCCCCCGCUGCCCCACCCGGUGACCAUGCGGUGACCCCGUCGCCGCUCCUGAGGACCCUGCUGGGCACACCUGCCCCUGGGGACUGUCUCCUGGGCUCUUUCGUCCUGGGGUCUCGCCUCCACCACACGUGCGCUGCACGCGCUACGCCCGCCCUCAGCUGGGGUGUGGAUCCCACUUGCUUCUGCCACGGGUGCCGCGAGGCACGUUCGGAGGCUGCCCCUGGCAGUGACGCUGCUUUAUUUUAAGGCCACUGCCUUCCUCCGGAAGGAGGGUAGUGACGGCAGGAGACGUGAACUACUUUCCCUGGGAGAGAAAGCAGGUCCCCCUCUCGAGCAGAGGGAAGUCCGGGGUGCGCAGGGCCAUCUUCCAACUCCAGGCUCAGCUUCACUGUGAAGGACACUAGCAGGUGUGAAGACCACUUGAAGUCAGUUUCCCAACGUUCUCUCGUCUAACUCCAGCGGGGGAAGAAGGCAAUGGAACGUUUUACUUAAAGGAGAGGUCUGGUGGGAUCACAGGAGCUGAGGCGCGUGGGCUCAGUGGCGGGAGGAGGCUUGACCUGUGCGCUGCGUCUGCAGUGCCUGGACGCUCCUGGCAAGGGCUCGGGGCAGGACACUUUGUGCCAGAACGGCCCCUGAUGGGUGUGGGAGGACAGGCAUCACAAUGCUUAUGCUGACUUAACAGGCCUACCGGGGUGACGAACAGGUCAUCCAAGUGGAGGUGCCAGGCCUCGAGGCCCUGAGGUGUCUCCACUGCCCACCUGUGAGGGCAUGCCAGGGGGCAUGAGGAAACAGCAUGAGGGAAGCAGGGUUUCUGGUGAUGGCCCCAACCCUGUGGGCUCCCCUACCCCUCGUGGCACCCACGACAAUCACCUGUAAUCAGUGCUCUGCGGGUCACGAACUAUCACUUUGAAGCUGUAUAAACCCACAGAGAAGGUAUUAUUUCAUUCACUCGAGGCUCAGAGAGGCCAAGAAACACACCGAAAACUAAAAACGUCAGUGCUACUUUACCUGAACCUGGGUCUUUUGAUCUCAAAUCAGUGUGCAGUGUGAGAGGGAGGGGCAGAAUGCCCUGGGCUUUGCACUUAGAGGUUUGUGAGGCUCUAACGCCAGGGCCCCUGGGAAAGCCAGCACCGCUGCCGUGUGCACGGCCGUCCGAGCCAAAACCUCUGCCCGCUCCCCCCAGUCUCUCUGGAGGAUUUGUUUGGGGUCAUGGUGGGUGGUGGCCAAAAGCACACGGACGUUUCCGUUAGGAUGGUAUUGACCGUGCUUAGAUGUUAGAGGCAGAGGCCCCUUCUCCGAGACCAGAGCAGGUGUUCAGGUCACAUGGACAUGGGGACGGUGAACCCCCCUGCCCCAAGGGCCUUGCCUUGUUAGAGGAGGGGAUCGUGGCCCUGGCAGUUUCUUUAGGCUGUCUUUUCUGUGAUGUUCUUUGAACACAGGUCUGUCCAGCCUGGGUCUCAGGAUCGUGGCCCGUGGUGGAGGAGACCUGCACUGCCUCUCUUCGUUCAUUUGCCAGUUUGCUUGAGAAAUGCUUAUUCAUCCCAGCAGGUGCUCUGGGACUCAGGCAGGAUGCAUAGACCCACCCCUGAUUCUCAGAAAGACUAGCUUGGUGGGGUUGGCUGUUAGGAAAGCUGGCGGUUACAGAGCAGGCCAUAAGCACUGGUAUAAGUGCUCCUGGUGCUGUGUGUGGGGAAGGGAGCAGAGAGGCCAUUCCAGUUUGGGUGAGGGAGGUCGUGUCUCAGGACGGCAUCUCAGAGGAGGUGGUACCUAGUCGGGGCCUGAAGCAUGAGUGCUGGAGUUGGCUGGCACAGUGGGUGCGGGGCAGUCCAGGCAGGGGCCUGGCAUGCGUGCAGGAGAGGCACAGUCACUCUGAGUGACCAGAGCAGGCACGGGUGGGUGCUGAUGAGAGGUGCAGACAAAGCUGCAGAAACAGGCAAAGGCCCAGGCUUUCGCUCUCUGCUUGGUACAGUAACUGGUUUCCUUCUCACACCAGCCCUGGAGCUGACCAAGCUCAGAGGGCGGGUGCCCUGCAGCUUCCCGGGGUCUGGUCCCCAGGCGUGGAGCCUUGCAAGCGCGUGGACACCGUUUUGCGGGCACAGAGUGGGGCUUGCCGAACGUGCUGGGCAGGCAGGUACCAUGAUGGUGCGGGGGAAGGGGGCCCACGCUGGGGGCCUGUCGGGAGGCAGCAAUCACGGCCAUCCAGGCGACAGUCGUGGCGCCCAGAGCGGGGCUUUGGUGUGGAGGCGAAGGGGCUUGAGGGAGACUGGGGAGGGGGAGGCCAGUGCUCCCAGGACCAGAGCCCGUGCGGGGCUUGCUUCCCCGGCGAUGGCUCUUCCCACACCGAGGUAGGGUGUGGACUCUGGCACGUUGGGGGCAGACUGAAGGGGCCACUGGCCAGAGGCAUCCACGGGGCUCACCCCCUGCUGGCACCCAGCUUCGCGCACCAGGGGCUCAAGUCUGUCUACAGACCCGGAACAGAGUCCCAGGCACCAUACUUGUGACAAUUCAUGUCCAAUCCAAAUGUCCAAUUUAUUAAUUUAUUGUGAAAGAUAAAACAUUAGCUUUAUGAAGACUAAUUUUAUCCCCUAACUAGGCUGUCUGUCAUUAUCAGAUUUUUGGAAGCCAACAUGCUGUAUACCUUAACUUACACAAUGUUAUAUGUCAGUUAUAUCUCAAUAAAGUGGGGAAAAAAAGGAGUAAAGCACCUUGUAAAUUAGUCCUGAGGUAUCUCCCUACGCUCCCGGAUGUGGGGCUGAGAUCUGGGGGCGGGGUGUCCUGACAGGCGUAUCCAGAGAGGCGUGCUGUUGCCAUAGCGCCCUGGAGCAUUUCUGCAGCCUCCAGCCUCCUACGUCCCUGUCCUCGUUCUCAGCAGCCACCCUGGUCCGCGCUCCCUCUGCCUGAGCUGGUUCUCUAACUUAACUCACGUCUCUCAGAGCAACUUUGUCAACCUUGGGCUUCUCCCUGGGGAUAGGUUCCCACUGGGGGCUUUUUUAUGUAUGGGGUGCUGGUUCUCUCCAGCUUCCGUCUCAGCAAGGGACCCCACUUCCAACUUCUGGGGCUGCUUCCUUUUGCUGGUGCAUGAGACAGCCUACAAAUUCCAGGGACUGCUGUGCAUGCGUGUGUGUGCACGCAGCUGUGUUCUGUCCUUCACUUUUGUUUUAGAGGACUCCUUAGGCUUCAGGGGAGCCAUGUGGACCACAUCAAGGGGCCUUGGGACCUUAGGCAGCAGAACCUGGGCGCCCAGGGAAAGUCAGAGCUGGUCACGGCAGGCUGCCCUGCACACCAGCAUCUAGUCUUGAAAAUAGGGAACAUGCUAAGUCUCAAUAUCCUGUGAUCCCACAUUAGGUGACCCCUCCCAUCCUGACCCUGCGUUAUUAAUAAUUUUAUCGAGAAUGUGCUUUCAACACACUUGUAUUUAUAGAUGUACUUAAGAAGAAAUCACCAAGACUUCGGAGGGAAGUUCCUCUUCCCUUUCCUUUUUAUUGCCCAGAGAAAGGGAGGGGGAAAAAAAAAAAAAAAAAAAAAACGGCCUUUGACUUGUCCCCAGAGGCUUGAGAAUGUUCAUUGUCCCUUCUGAGGAUUUACUAGGGUCUCGCUAGGCCCCCAGCUAGGACACCCAGGCUGUCAGGUGCUUGAAUCCGGUGACACCCGGCUGCAUGUCACCGGGACGCUUUGCUCUUUUGUUUCCUCCCAGCUGCAACAGUGGGACGUGAUCAUCGCAGCCAGUAUCAGAAUUAGCAUUCUCUUUUGCAGCCUGGGCUCCACCGCCUCGACGUGGGGCCGCGGGGCCGCUCUGGGCUCCCUGUCGGGGAAGCGUUGCCGUCCACGGCUGAACAAACACCUGCAAGUCUGGUGUAUUUUGGCUCCAGACAAUUAUCAGGAGUUAACAGUUCGCAGUUCAUUUCCUGAAGCUUCUGGUUCAGUUGUGAGA